UUUUGUUUUUUUAGUUUUUUUAGAAAUGUCUAUUAGUGGUUUCUUUUGCAAACUCCCAUGACGUUGCGUUGUACAGUCUUACCAUGCAACAAGCAGUGAACAAAUGGAUCUCUCCACUUGCUUCAAAGAGGAUUACUGUUCCUCCUGCUUAGCUUAGUUACCUCAAAUUAGGAUAAAGGGUAAGGAGAGGUCUGCUGUGUGCAGCGGCCAUCUGUCUGCCAAGUGGACGGUCGAGUGCUCCCGCUGCUGUAAAUGGAGACAGGGUUGGAAUUGGAUGUUUUGAUAUUCCCAGAUCAAGUGAGGAUUGUUACUCCGGAGGAACUCACAGAAUGGGAGCUUGAGACUGCGAGCCAAGUGUCCAUCCCCACCGUCCGACUCUUUGUGGCACUUUACCCAUACAACCCUGCUGCAAUGUCCCCCAACUACGACACGGCUGCAGAGGAGUUGCCUUUUGUGCCGGGCCAGAUAAUCAAGGUGUUUGGAGACAAAGACUCUGAUGGUUUCUAUCACGGUGAGUCCGGUGGCCUCUCCGGUUAUGUGCCAAGUAACAUGGUGGCUGAAAUCCCAGUGGAUGAUGAGUACCUGAAGCAUCUACUCAUGCAGCAGGGAUUCCUCCCUGUGGACCACACAGGUGUGUCUUUAACGCCAGAUCUAAGUCUGAGCGAUGUAGCCAGUAUCCCCAGUAUAGAUGAUGUGGUCGUUCGACGAAUGGUGGCCUUAUUCGACUAUGACCCAUGGGAAAAUUCACCCAACAUGGACAGUGAGGUUGAACUUGGCUUUCGUUCAGGAGACAUCAUUUACGCGUUAGGCGACAUGGAUCAAGAUGGAUUUUACUACGGGGAUCUGCACGGACGAAGAGGUUUGGUUCCAUCAAACUACCUGCAGCCGCUACCCUGGAAUUAGGAGAAAAGGUCACACUAAGAUGUUUGCUACAUAUGCCAAGUCUCAGACACAGUGAGAAGUUUUUAUUAAAAACGAAUUUAUUGAAAAAAUUUAAACAAAAAUGACAAAUCAUUUGGUGAAAAAAGUACAGAAAAAUACAAAUCAUAUAUAUUUUAAUAAUCAAAACUGACAUGAAAAAUUCACUCUAUAUUCACUUUAUAUUUGCGUGCCUACAUUCACUUUGCUUAUACUUUAUGCACUUUCACAAAAAAGUCCGACAGAUGACUUUACA